AUGAUAGCCGGGGUGCUGUUCUGCACAGAUUGGAAACUCGGGCGGGACGCGACAAAGGCGUACACUGGUCCUGCAUGUGUCACAUAUUUUGUGCUCAAUGGUGCAUUGGCAUGCCGGAUCUGGGCGGUGGAGGCAGGGGCAGUGAUUGUGGGUGUCAGAGAGGGAGAACAGCAGAUCACGCUUCGUUCAUCUGCGAAGAAACACUCUACGGAGUACAAAAUAAAAGUCACCUACUCUGCCCAGUCGAUCGGCAAGAAAUGGGAAGACAAGGAGAUCACCGGAAACUACAUGCAGUGGUUUAAUAUCCAUGGCUACCUGCAACACAAAACACCCCUAGCGUGGCUCAACGUCAAUAUCGACGUGUUGCGGAAUGCACAGGAGGAGAUGACAAAGAAGGACAAGGCCGACAGAAUCCCCGCCAACAACGAUCUACACUGCGUUAGGUAA